AGUACCUGUAGUAGGCAGUCACACCACAUUAACGUGUGCCAGUAAACGUGAGCGAGCUGAUUUAAAUGUUUCACUAGGAUCUCGGUGAUUUACGACGUCAAUUGUGUUUGGUUUUCAAUGUGAUUAAAAUAAUUUUUUUCGUGAGGUGGUUUUUAAUUACAGUUUGAGUGAUUUUGGGAAAAACACAAUUCAAAGAUAAGGAGUUUCCUGUUCUCACCGGUGAUUCCCAAUGUUUCGUUUAAGGCAGAACAAACAUUAGCGUGGAGAUGGCUCAAUUAGUUAUCAAAAAAUGUAUACCAGUGCGAGCUAUAAUAUGGAUAAUGUGCUUCACCUGCACAUUAUUCCUGUACAUGUUAAGAAUAAAUUUGUCCAUUAUAAUUCUGGCUAUGGUACAGCCUAUGACCAAAGGCAACACAACUUUUGUACCGGAAUGUAAACUACUUAGACAAUCUCCAAGCAACGAUAGUAUCGUAGCUGAAGCUCUUCAUUCUGACGAACCGGAUUAUGGUACUAAAUUUGCAUGGAGCACAGAACUACAAGGGCUAAUUCUGGGAUCUUACUUUUGGGGAUUCACGAUUUCCGCAAUCCCUGGGGGAGUUUUAGCGGAACGAUUUGGCCCAUCUAAAUGUAUCACCAUCUCAUUUCUACUGUGUGGAUUUUUGACUUUAUUAGGACCAUGGGCUGCGGGUUGGGAUGCCUGGGUUUUAAUAGCAUCCAGAUUUUUGAUAGGAUUAUUUGGGGGUGUAGUUUUCCCAAGUCUUCAUUGUUUGGUUGCCCGCUGGGCGCCUCCUGAUGAAAAGGGCAAAUUUAUAGGAGCUCUUUUGGGCGGCUCACUAGGAACUGUGAUAACGUGGCCCCUUUUAGGGGCCAUUAUCGAAAAAUUCGGAUGGUCGUGGGCUUUUAUUGGAUGUGGAAUAUUUGUCAUUUGUUGGACUGGUUUGUGGUAUGUUUUCGUCACCGAUUCGCCAGAGCAACAUCCGCGAAUCUCCGAAGAUGAGAAGAAUUAUAUAGUGCAUAGUUUGUCGGGAAGAGUAUCUAAAGUUAAGAGACUUCCACCAUAUAAAGAUAUAUUCCUUACUGUUCCAUUUUGGGCGUUAAUGAUUUUACAUUUCGGUAACCUAUGGGGACUAUUUUUCCUGAUGACAGCAGGACCCAAUUUUCUUUCGUCGGUACUAGGAUUCACAUUAGGACAUACUGGAAUUUUAGCAGCUUUGCCAUAUUUGGUUAGGUUGAUACUGGGAAUAAUAUUUGGACAGAUCGGUGACUAUAUCAUUAAAAAGGAUCUGAUGAGGAAGACUAUGAUAAGGAAGAGUUUCGUUGUAUUUUCUCACUUGCUCCCAGGAGUCUUCUUAUUCAUACAAACUUUAACCGGAUGUGAUGUUACCUGGGCUAUAGUUUUGAUAUCACUGUCAUUGGGAAUGAACGGGGCUUCUACAUUGACAAAUUUGCAGAAUUCUCAAGACCUAUCUCCAAAUUUCGCUGGGACACUUUAUGGUAUCAUCAACAGCGUAGGAAGCACUACAGGGUUCAUAAAUCCUGCCAUCGUGGGAUACAUUACAUCUCAACACAACGGCUUGGACGAGUGGCACACCGUCUUCUACAUCGGAUCCUCAGUUUACAUUGCUUGUGGAUUAAUCUUCUGUGUAUUUGGCACCGGAGAAACACAAGUUUGGAAUGAAGUGGACGGAAAGAAAAGCGCUGAUGGAAUAGAAAAUACAGCCUUUGAAGAUAUAGAUAUAACGAAGAACGGUAUUGAAAACACAAAAGUGUAAUGAAUAAGCAAUUUUAGUGUAUUGUUAUUAGUAUUAUUGUACAUAUAUUUAUAUAUUUUUAUUGACUCAUUCUAAUAAAAGAACUAGAAGAGU